CUCGGAAAGCCAAGUCUUCCUUCUUGGUAUUAGAUAUCUAUGGAGUAGAACUCGAGACGGGAGCGAUUGUAGGCAUCGUGAUAGCGGUUCUGGCGCUACUUAUCGCCGUAUUCCUGGUAGUCUUCGCGAAGGCUACGGACCGGUGGUGUUUCGCUGGAGGCAGAAGCCGCGACAACGCCAAGAGCUCUGGAGAAUCGACGACUGGCGAUGUGCUUUUAGAGUCUGGGGUCGCGCUUCCCUCUAGAACCGACACCGAGAGCGCCGUGGGAGGCAAGGAGCGGUCGCGUCUCGCGGGGCUGAGCGCGCGAGUGAGGGCUGUGCUUCCGAGGGCCAAGGACAAGGUGCAAGCGACGGAGGCGGCCGCUGAGACUGAGGAAAAGCCCCUCUCAGAGGAGAAGAAAGGCGUGGUCUACGCGGAACUCCAACUCGGAGAGCAAAACGCUGACAAACCACCGCCACCAUCCACGGAGUAUGCGGAAAUAGUCUACACGGAUCAACCUAAGGAGACCAAGGAGUAAGAAUUGAGCACAAAAAUAGAGCAGAGUCCGGACAGUAGCGAAUGUUGUGAUAAAAACUACAUAAUAUAGACAAUAUUUAAUAUUGCGUGUUGUAUAAUGACAUUUUUGAAUUUUCAUUACAUUAUGACGUCUCACCUAGUUAUCAAAGGAAGUUGAAAUUACUGAACUCCUAUAUUUUUCUAGUUUUUGUUGCUGAUUCCAAUGCAGCUACGUAGUUAUUCCCUGGACCUACAUUGGUUGAUUUAAUUAAAAGCCGAGCUGUAGAUCCUACCAUGAUAACUGGUAGAAAGCCUUCCUUGUAGCCGUCGUAACAACUAUUUUAAGAUUCAUCAUCAUCAUCAUCAUCAUUUCAGCCACAGGACGUCCACUGCUGAACAUAGGCCUCCCCCAAUGAC